AUGUCUUGCCCAAUUGAAGAAAUUGUCAAACACUAUGAAUUUGAUCCCUCAAUCAUCCAACGCAUCGCAAAGCGAACAUCCAAGCCUCCGCUUUCCAUCGAGCCUCCGAACCCCGAGUGGCCACGGCAGUUCCAAGAGAUCAAAUCUCUCAUAGAAAACGCUAUCGGCCCUGUAGCCGUCAGCAUAAGCCAUGUCGGCUCAACAUCGGUGCCCAAUCUCCCCGCCAAGGACGUCAUCGACGUUGACCUCGCCGUCGAGAAUCCGACAGAUGAGGCCGCCUACGCGCCAGCACUUGAGAAGGUGGGGUUCCAAUUCCUCAUACGCGAGCCUGAAUGGAACGAACAUCGCUUCUUCGCCAUGCACAGGCCGUACUCCUGCAACUUGCAUGUCUUCAAGGUCGGCACCGCGGAGUUGGCAAGGCAUCUCAUCAUGAAGGAUUGGUUGAUUGAACAUGACGAUGACAGGGAUCUGUAUGCGAAGACCAAGAUGGAGGCCGCAGGCGUGAGUAACUCGCUAGGUGAGACUGUGUCGGAGUAUAACUUUAGGAAAGAGAACGUCAUUCGUGCUAUCCUUGAACGGGCAUUCAAGGCGAGAGGAUAUCUCCAGUAG